AUGGAACAGAGAAACUUGAGUGGGAGAGUCAGUGAGUUUGUGUUGCUGGGCUUCCCAGCUCCUUUUCCACUGCGGGCUCUAUAUUUUGCCCUUUCUCUGCUGGCCUAUAUAUUGGUGCUGACUGAGAACACACUCAUCAUUAUGGCAAUUAAGAACCAUUCCACCCUCCACAAACCCAUGUACUUUUUUCUGGCUAAUAUGUCUUUCUUGGAGAACUGGUAUGUCACUGUCACUAUUCCCAAGAUGCUAGCUGGCUUUAUUGGAAACAAAGAGGGUCAAGGACAACUCAUUUCCUUUGAAGGCUGCAUGACACAGCUCUACUUUUUUCUGGGUCUAGGAUGCACUGAGUGUGCACUUCUUGCUGUUAUGGCCUAUGAUCGCUAUGUGGCCAUUUGCCAUCCUCUCCACUAUGCUGUUAUCGUCAGUGGCCGACUCUGUGUGCAGCUGGCAGCUGGCUGCUGGACUGGAGGGUUUGGUAUUUCCAUGGUCAAAGUUUUUCUUAUUUCUCGCCUCUCUUACUGUGGUCCCAACAUCAUCAAUCACUUUUUCUGUGAUGUCUCACCAUUGCUCAACCUUUCAUGUACUGACAUGUCUACAUCAGAGCUUACAGACUUUGUUCUAGCUAUUUUUAUCUUGCUGGGGCCACUCAUUGUCAUUGGGGCCUCCUACAUGGCCAUCGCUGGUGCAGUGAUGCGUAUCCCCUCUGUUUCUGGGCGUUAUAAAGCCUUUUCCACCUGUGCCUCUCACCUCACUGUUGUGAUCAUUUUCUAUGCAGCCAGUAUCUUCAUCUAUGCCCGACCAAAGGCACUCUCAGCUUUUGAUACCAAUAAGCUGGUAUCUGUGCUCUAUGCUGUCAUUGUACCAUUACUCAACCCCAUAAUUUACUGCCUUCGCAACCAAGAAGUCAAAAGAGCCCUACGGCGUACUCUACACCUGGGCCAGGAUACCAACCCUGCAAAAGGUGGUAGAGAUGGUUAG